AGCUAAAGUUUCAUAGCAAAAAAAAAAAUAUUUAAGUGUGUCCCUCACUUACUACUAGGCUUGCAUUGCCUUACAUGAGUCCAUCUCUUAAACCCAUAAUGUGAUUGGAUUUUUCAAGUGAAGAAAAAGCUCUUAAACCUUUUGACAUUUUAUUGAGUUUUCAAGAUUGGAAGAGAGUCCAAUAAUAUAAACAAGGGUUCUUAAAUUUUCAAGAGCUAGAAUGGUCACAAUUGUAAAAUCAUGCUUGAAGUCACUCCUUAAAUUGGUGAAUUCAAUUUUGGGGUUUGUUGGAAUUGCUAUGAUCUUGUAUGGUCUUUGGAUGAUGAGAGUUUGGCAAAGGGACAUUGAAGAUUUUUCCUUUGAUGAUCUUCUUUCUACUACUCCAUGGUUUAUAUAUACUUUUCUUGGUGUUGGAGUAACACUAUGCCUAAUAACAUGUUUAGGCCAUUUAGCUGCAACUUCUUCCAAUGGUUGUUGCCUCUCUUGUUAUAUGAUGAUGAUUUUGUUACUUCUUCUAUUAGAGACAGCAAUUGUAACAGAUAUACUCUUAAAUUCUAAUUGGGAAAAGGAUAUACCAAAUGAUCGUACUGGAAGAUUCAAUGAUUUCAAAGAUUCUAUAAAGUCAAACUAUAAGAUCCUUCAAUGGAUUGGCUUAAUAAUAGUCUUAGCACAGGUUCUUUCAAUCUUACUGGCCUUGAUUCUAAGAUGUAAAGGCCGAAAUGAGGACUAUGAUAGUGACGAUGAAAGCUCACCGGCAAGGCUUCCGCUCAUAAAGAAUGUAGACCAACCGGCGCCAUAUGUUGUCAAUGGCGAACAAUUUGGAUUUGCCUCUGAAAACAUCAACAACUCCUUGAAUGUAAGAAUUUAUUACAAACUUUUCUAUUCUUUUUAAAAACCUUUUAAGUUUAAGAAACAAAAUUUGAUUGUUGCCUCUUAUUUUUCUCAGACAAAUAAGUGAAGAGCAAUGUUUCAAGCAUUUUACAGGAAAAGAAAGUAAAGGAACGAAAAACAACAUGUGGAAAAAAAAAAAGUUAUCAGUCUACUGUGAAUUGAACAACAUUUACUUAUGACCAAUAUUAUUAGGGUCAGUUUGGCACAGUUGUGUUGUGGAGAAAAGCAGUUGUGGUUGUGCUGUGAGAAAAAGCAGCUGCAGUAGAAUUGUGAAAAAAAGCUGAACUGAGUGUGGUAAAUUAUAAAUUUUAAAGUACUGUGAGUUAUUAAGAUCUAUUAUAAUAACAAUGAAUGUUAUAAUUUAAUUUA